CAUUCUUUUGACCUGACGUCAUUGUCGCUUGUGUUUUUUUGUGAAUGAAAGAAUCCAACCUCAGAGAGCAGCGGAGUAAUUCCGGGAAAAGGCGGACUGACAUUUUGUCGCCAGCGUCGCUUCGACCAGCAGUGUCUGUAUCUGUGUUGUUGACUGGAGCUCGGGGGGGAACAGCCGAAGAGAUGACAUCAGAGAGAAACAGCAAAGCCCUGAAGGUGAAGCAGGAGUGUGGCGAGAACGUGCCCGUCCUAUCCGACAGCGAGCUCAUGUCGCUGACUGUGCGCGAGCUCAACCUCCACCUGCGGGGCAUGUCCCGCGACGAGAUCCAGAAGCUGAAGCAGCGCCGGCGCACCCUGAAGAACCGGGGCUACGCCGCCAGCUGCCGGGUCAAACGCGUGUCGCAGCGGGAGGCGCUGGAGCAGCAGAAGACGGAGCUGCAGCGGGAGGUGGAGAGGCUGGGGGUGGAGAACGCCGGCAUGAGGAAAGAGCUGGAGGGGCUCGGCGCUCGAUUGGCCGCCCUGCAGAGGUUCGCCCGGGGGCUGGAGGCCGGCGGGGGGAACAUCCUCGCUACAGCGCCGCGCCUCAACACCGCCUCUGUCAUCACCAUCGUCAAGAGCCCUGCACAGCGGGGGCCACAGAGAGACCAGGAGCCAUCCUAGAAGGAGCUGUUUGGACUGGAGGGGGGGGGGGACACACAACCUGCAAUGCAAACUCACACAAACUACACACACAGGACUUCAGUAGGAAAAUACUAAGCACUUGUCAGCGUUGCGCCUCGUUCACAUGCUCAAAUACGCAGGUAUGUUUAGUUUUCCAGAGGACAGGGGGGGGGGGGCGUCCUCCACUGUCUCACCACAGUCGACUGAAAUUUGUUUUAGGAUUUAAAGACGCAGCAGUUGUCAUGUGAACGAGGCGGCAUCGCAGGAAAAACUCUGACUGAAGCGAUACCGCCCCGACGAUGGCAAACUGUUCAGUGAGUCCUGCUGCUGGGGUCUUCUUCUGCUUCCACCUCACCUGCAGCCCCGUGCCCCUGUUACUGUGCAACAAAGCCUCCCAGAGAGCGUGGCUCCUGUCAGUCACCACUGCAGAGCUUCCGCCUGUCACUGGAUAUGCCGGCGGUUCCAGGAGAGCGCUGUGAUGGAAGUGCUGACGCGGGGAGAAUCCAGAAAUAGGUUGAGAAACGCUGCGUGUGCAAACGAUCAGUGACAUUUCUGCGUCUUUUUUUGGGGACUCAUCUGCCGAUACUUCCUCGCUUUUCCUUUCGUGGGGUGGGGUGGCGGGGGGGG